UAGAUAGAUUAAUAGAUAGAUAGAUAGAUAGAUAGACAGAUAAAAUGGAUGAAAAUGUUUGUCCAUUAGCUUAAAGUCACUCCACAAAGCUGUUAUUGUUUGGGUGUGUGCAGAAAACACAUGUAUUUCCACAUGUUUUCUCAACACGUUUGACUUCAGACUGAUCCUAAAAGGACCUGCAACCCCCCUCAUCAUCCCUCAUCAUCUGUGUGAGCGUCGCCUCUCCUCCUCCAGCUGAGCUGCGUCUCUCUGCCUCCAUCAGGACGCAGAGCUCCGCCUCGGAUGCUGCCGUCGCUGUUUAUUAUCUGAUUACCGCGAUACGAAACGAAGAGCUGCGUCUCCUUAAAGCGACACGGCCGCUUUAAUUAAUGAGAGUACCGGAGAGAGAGAAGAGGAGGAGAGAGACGAAGAGGAUGCAGAUGAAGAGACGGAGCAGCAUCCUUGCAUCAUUUCACCGCCUUGAGGGUGUUACGAUACCGGCUGUAAUCUGACCCUGUAUGCCUGAGGAAAAACCUCCAAGACACCCCCUCCUCCCUUCUCCAUCCUCUCCAUCCUGCGAUGCAUGGACUGUCAAUGCGUCACCCUCGCUCUUCCUGCGUCGUUUCUUCCGCAGACGCGUCGCAGCCUCAUAUUUAGGUUGUGAAUUCAGAUGCAAAAACGCGGCCUUGCAGCUCUCCACUCCUCCUGCUCCACACAUGGACUCUGUAGCCUUCAUGGCUUCUGUUAAAUCCGCGGUUUGUGCGUCCUUGUUCGCCUGUCAGGCCUUUUGCAUUUCUUCCGCCCAUGCGUCGCCGCUGCCGCUGCCGCUCCACCGCAUCAGCGUCUUCGCGUCUACGCCCUCGCCCUGCCGCUGAUGCGGUGCGCCUGGACGCUCGCAGUCUCCUCCUCGUCCUCCUGGCCGGUCGGUGCUCCUCUGGUGGUCCGGUGGAGAGGCAGGAUGGUGCGGAUCGCCAGCGCGCUGGGGCUCGUCAUGUUCAGCGUGGCUCUGCUCAUCCUGUCGCUCAUCAGCUACGUGUCCAUCAAAAAGGACUUUCUGCUCAGCACCCCCAGAUAUGGACCCAAUGGAGGACCCAGGAUGUCCAUGUUCCACGCAGGGUUUCGCGAGAGGCCGCCUCGCAAACCCGACCUGAGCUCCCAGCUGGCGUUGAAGUAUCUGGAUCCAGCUUUCACUCCUCUGACCAACUCUCUCAGCGAAGACAUACAGAACUCCUCUAAAUGGACCUACAACAGCUCUGCUUUUAUACGGCUGAAAAAUGAGAUCUCACAAUACAUCGACAUCCCCCACAACUUCUCACUGAUAAGAGACUCAGUCCGAACCGGACAGCUGAUGCACUAUGACUACUCAAGCCACAAGUACGUUUUCUCCAUCGGCGAGAAUUUCCGCUCGCUCCUCCCUAAUGUCUCGCCGAUCCUCAACAAGCACUACAAUGUCUGUGCCGUGAUCGGCAACAGCGGCAUCCUCACCGGCUCUCGCUGCGGCCCCCAGAUCGAGAAGUUUGACUUUGUCUUCCGCUGCAAUUUCGCGCCGACCGAGAUCUUUAAGAAGGACGUCGGGCGGCGGACCAACAUGACGACCUUCAAUCCCAGCAUCCUGGAGAAAUACUACAACAACUUACUGACUGUGCAGGACAGGAACAACUUCUUCCUGAGCCUGAAGAAGCUUGACGGCGCCAUCCUGUGGAUCCCGGCGUUUUUCUUCCACACGUCAGCUACAGUGACGAGGACGCUGGUCGACUUCUUCGUGGAACAUCGAGGUCAGCUGAAGGUCCAGCUGGCCUGGCCCGGAAACAUCAUGCAGUAUAUCAACAGCUACUGGAAAACCAAGCAGCUGUCGCCGAAGCGCCUGAGCACCGGCAUCCUGAUGUACACGCUGGCGUCCUCCAUGUGCGACCAGAUCCACCUGUACGGCUUCUGGCCCUUCGGCUGGGACCCCAACACGGGAAAGGAGCUGCCGUACCACUACUACGACAAGAAGGGCACCAAGUUCACCACCAAAUGGCAGGAGUCCCAUCAGCUGCCCGCCGAGUUCAAACUCCUCUACAAGAUGCAUACGGAGGGGCUGCUGAAGCUCUCCCUGUCCCACUGUGCUUAGGGCUAAAACUGCAGCAGGUGCAGCGCUCCUUCAAAAACUCCUCUCCAACGCUUCCACGAGCCGCAGAGGCAGACGAGGGAAGAUUUCAUGUGGUUUUUGCCAAAAGCAAAAUCUUGGAUCUGAGGCUGAGUUGGUGCAAAUUAACAGUUUUUAGCCCAAAAGCCCAGUUAGACAAACCGUUUGUACAAACCGCAACAGCUCAAGAGACAAGGAGUCUAUUCAUUUUCUACAACUGAAGAAUCUAAAGACGAAGAGGACUACAGUUUUUGGAAAAGGUGGCUGCAGCUGGACUUUUAGGCGUCGUUGCUCUUCAGCAGAAUAUCACAACCUUGAAUUGCUUCAUGGUGUUUUUAUCACUCGUCACUCUUAGAACUGCGGCUGCAAAAAUAAAAAUAUAUCAGGGUUAGAUAAUCGGUGAUAUAUGUUAGAAUAUAGCCUCAUAAUCCCAGUCAAAUAAAUCACCACUUUAGCCAGGUGGCUUCAUUCACACACAGUUAUUGUUUUUACAUUUGCUGCUGCUGGAGAGCUUUAGUGAGGAAAUCUAGAGAGUUUGAAAGGAUUUGAACCUGAAGCACUGGGAGGCAGGUGCAUUAGCUUUACUAUGUAACUGGAAAAGAUACCAGUGGACACAAACCCUAAAGACUAUCUCCUAAGACUCAGGCAGCACAAUUGAAUCCUAACUUUAUUUAAAAACUGUUUGAGGUUGAUUAGAAAAUCUUAGUCUGUAUUAGUUUUAAAAUGGUUGCAUUGUAAAUCCUUAAAUUGCCCUAUAUGAUUACGUAAUCAGCAACGAAGGCCAAGGAUGAAGAGUGCAGAUAAUGAAUCUACAAGUAGGCAGCAACAGGAACACCCCAUCCAUCACCUGACCUCCUCACGCUUACGCUAUGUUCACACCACGAGCGACAAAGCAACAAAACUGGCCAGCUACAUUUUCGCCGAGUCGCCGUUGAAGUGUUGCUCAAGCGUUCAUUGACGUAGUUCUGUCUUUAACUAGCACUGGGAGCUGGCUAAUGGCAAGAAUGUGUUUCUUCUGUUUUUUAGAUGGAACGGAACAAGAUUGAGAGAGAAGUGGGCCCACAUGGGGAAGUUUGUCUUCAGGGCUUUCUGCCAGAAAGAGUUUAUUUUAACCAAAACCAUGAUCUUCUCCUAAACCUAACCAAGUAGGUUUGUUGCCUAAACCUAUUCCAAUUUCUGGCAGAGAAGCAAACUUCUCCCAUGUGUGAAGGGGAACCGUAAAACGCUUCACCGCGUCAUUGAAGCUGAUAAAAGCUUGAGGCCCGCUCAACUUUGAUUUGUAACGCGUCACGCCCGGCACACAGCGACAGGUGUCGGGCAUCAGUUUGUAGCUUCAUAUCACCGGCUUCCAUUGAAAAUGACCUGUUGCUUUGUCGCUCGUAGUGGCAUUACUUUCCACCUUGCUACAUAAAGGGCACGCUACUUCCUGAAUUGGUGCUAAAACGUUAGCACUGGACGUAAACUAUGCUUUGCAAAUUCGUUCAAUAUGCACAAAAUUCUUCGGCAUACUGGACUGGAAUUGAAAUUUAAGAUGAUUGUAAUCAGACAUAGUUACCUUUAAACAAAAAAAGAGGACGUACACCAGAUGUUUGCCCCAUACUGAAGCACACUUUUUCCAUCUUUGAAGCAAGACAAUAACCAUAUCUGUGAGAAAGUGCGAGUGUUAGAUGUUUCGUUUGUUAAGAAACUGGUUGAGCAACAGAUAACAGCAAGAAAAGAUCGUGAACUUCAGUCCUAGUUCUCACUUUGUUGGCCCAUUCAUUAAUAUGACCGUGUGAGACAAGAGGAAUCUUAGAUCAUGAAUACAAAAAGGCGACAUAUUCUCACGGCCAUGAAUUCCAAUCUGUACAUAUUAACUACAAAUGUUUUGUAUCAUAUCAUAUAGCAGCCCUUCUGUUCACAGAAGUAUAGUAAGUUCAAAGUGUUAUUUUGGGAUUGGAUUAAAUUCUGGCUAAAGUGAGGUUAAGGUUUUGGUCUUUCAUCCCGGUUGGGUCCACAAUUGUGGCAACCCGGUCUCACUCCCAGCUCGUCAAAUACUGACGAUUGGGCGGCGCCCCUCGGCAUCAGAAACUGACGCACGGAGGCGCCCUGUAGAGACAGUAGGCUAUGUGGCGAACUGAGCUUUCAACUAACUCCAAUGUAAACACACCCGCAGCGUUAUUCGACGGUCGGAGCAAAUGAUGUAGUAUUAAUAGCGUGAGAGUCCGCCGGAGGGUUGGUGGAUGGGUCAAACAAACGCAACACUUUCAACCAGGAGACCGGUUUUCGUGUCCCGUGUGAAACUAAAAGUAAUGGCGGUCUUUAGUUACAUAACUCAUUGGUAUCGUUAGUCCCGUGUGUCGCUAGUCAGUGAAGUUAACGUCAACCACGACCGUUUCCCAACCCUAACUAAGUGGUUGUGUUGCCUAAACCUAAACCCUAUAGGACACUAUGCAUAUAACGAGCGUAUAUUGACACGCCGUCCAUGGUCCGUCCAAAAAUAAUGCAAGAGGGGUACCCUGUGCGUCGGUCUCUGAUGCCGAGGGGCACCGACCAAACGGCGGUAUUUGACGAGUUGGGAGUGAGAAUGUGUUGAUUUGGGCACUGUUGUGUAUUUUGUGGUAUGAAUGUUUUUCACAUCCAUCAAGAAUGUGAUUUGUAGAAGUAUUAAUGAUUUGAAAUGCUCAGUGAUGUUUGGUCAUCUGUGGUUUUUACGUGCGAACUGAUGAAUGUUUCUGUUCCUACAUACGCAACUUCCAUCAUCUCCUGUAACAUCCACACAUUGUAAACUGGAAUUUCCAUCUGAACGUUCUCCUCAAAGAAACAUACAUGUACAGUUUAAACUUUACAGAGGCAAGUGGUCUUCAAUAAGGCGAUUAUAUCCAUCAUUAUUAUGAUAAGGGGGUCAGAGGUCAGGUGCAUCAUCCCUGAAGCAGGUGGAGGUUCAUUUUGUUGUUUAACAGGAGCAGGAGGGCUCACACCAGUUACAGAUCAGUCUGUCAAACCACCACGCAAAAAGAAAAGGGAAUUUCUUUCUCAAGUGAUAAAUUCACUCAUAGACACAUGGUUUUCAGGUGUGUCAAAUGUGAAUUAUCAUAUUUGACAUAUGCUUUCUUGUCAUGUAUUUCUAUAAUUGCUGCAGUGCGUUAAUGAGACAACAGAAACGAGAGAAACUGGGAUUAUUUUUGUAAUCUGCAGCUGAAUUUUGUUGUUUUUUUUGUUUGUUGCUUUCUUAACCUCCUACAGUUUCAUUCCAAAAUGAAACACCUAUGACUUGAAACAUGACAUUUUCAGGACUUCGACAGAAAGAUUGUUGGCAUGAAGGUUAAACUCACUAUUUAAUAAUACUAGUAAUAAUGUUAUAUUUUGACUUGAGCACAUUACAAACUCCUUAAAGUUAACAGGAUGUAAAAUCAUUUUAUUUUUGUCUUCUUUUGUCACCUUUUAUUUUUGUAAUAUGAAAUAUCAGUCGGUAUCAGGUAACAUUUUUCCAGAAUGUAUUUUUUGCAUUUUGAAUGAUAUUAAUGAGGCUGGCUCCAUCCAUAUCGACAUGUCUGUAGAGAUCACUCUAUGAAGGGUAAUAUAUACGAAAAACACAUUUAGAUAUCAUAGGCAAUAUGCUGUAGAUUAACAAAUAUGUUUUAUUCAUCCAAUACUUGAAAGAAAAAUAUAUCUACUCUGUAUUUAUUUAAUCAUUUAGUCAUUAAAAUGAAUGAAAUGAUCAAUUUGACAAAGUGAAUCCUGUCU